UAUGGUAACAUGUAAACGUUUUACUGAGCCAUUUUAAACCUACGCCUUCGAAAGCUUAGUUUUGUAAUUUGCAAACCUUGAUAAAUGAACAAAAAUAUAGGAACGGCUUUAUGUGAAAAUGUAGAUAUUGACGGGUUUCCAGGAUUUAUUCUCGACGCGGUUUUGUCGUGGAUUUGAUGCGGUUAGACUUUCUUAUUAAACAUUUGUUGAUCUAAGUUCAGUAUUUUUCUACCAAGAUAUCCUGACGCUGCCAGUUCAAACCACAAUGAGCAAACCAGGAGAAACCAGAGAGGAAGGAGAGAACGAGAAGACUCGAGAGAGCCCACAGACAGUUAGAAGUACGACAACGCAGCCACCAGGGGGCGGCAGAGAGGAGAAGAGCGAAGACGGCUCAGAUGAGCCCAGUGCGACUGUUCUGGAUGCUGUGAAGGAUCAAAUGCCCGAUGAUGCUGAUGAGCAGGAUAAGGAAAUGAAUGUUAAAAACUCAACAGCUACAGUGAAAGUUUUGCUAGUGCCAGGGGGCCAUGUGAUGACCAUGGCUUUUGCCAUCGGGCUCACCAUUAAAGAGAUAAAGCAUCACCUUGCCUCAGAGCUGAAAGUCCCACUUGAGGUGCUGCAGCUCUACCUGAAUGGUAGAGUGGUAGAGGAGAAGCAGAGCCUAAUGGAACUUGGCAUCCGACCUCACAGCUCCACCCAGAUGGAGAUGAGCUCCUCUGACCCAACUUCUUACCCGCUCCGCCUUCCCCUCCCCCCAGAACAUGACACCAUGCCCGAUGUCAUUACUGUGCAGGUCCAAAAAGAUGAAGGAGUGUUUAAGGAGGUGGUAGUGGAGAUAGAGCGUUCCCACCAGAAGAAGCCCUUCCUUGGGGGCUACAGGCACAGAUUGACUGGGGCGGAGUACCACAACGCCACUGUCCAGACCCUUCCUAAAAAGAGACCUGACAGAGGUGUGCUGGUCCACAGUCUGGGCACACAGACAGCUGAGCUGAAGUCUAAGCUGCAGCAAUGUUCUGUGGACAUGUCCACUCAGAUGACUGGCAUCGGCUGCUAUGUGUCCUGUGUCAAUGACAAGUUGGUAACUCCUGGGAAAUAUGUGACUGCUGAUGAGUAUCAUGGCAGGAGGCUAAAGGCUGUUAUCUGCCUGCAGUCCUACAUUCGACGAUGGUUAGCCCAGGAGGAAGUGGAGCAGCUGAGGAGAGAGCGAGCUCGCCGCCUCGCCUGGUUCGACCUUCAGGAAAGAAAGUGCAAAGAGGAGAAAGAAGCGCAGCUGAGAGAGCGCCGCAGGCGAUGGAUGAACCCACAGAACAAAGAGGAUUUCAAUUUGCUCUACCACGCCCUACAGAAGUGGAGGAAUGAGGAGGAGGAGCAGAUAAACUGCAGCCUACGCGGCGCAGAAAGGAAAGCGGCUCUGUGUGCGCUGCUGGAGCAGGAAAUGGAGUUUAUCGCUGCCAUUGGCCGCCAUCAAAUCAAUGUAGAAGCUAUCAACCAAGACAAACUUAUCAGGAACUUCCUGAAUAAGGCAGCUGCUGCCCAUCAGUGGCGAUCAGCCACAGGUCGUCUGUUUGAGAUGGACUCUGUGCCUGACAUCAGAGCCAGGGCGCUGAAGGAGAUCUAUGAUGACAUAAGCAAGUUCCCUGUGGACCAGCAGGAGAGAUGGAGCUUCCUAGAGAAGCUGAGAAACACUGUUAUGGAGCACGAGUGUCAGCUGGUGUGGGACAUCAUUGAUCUGAUUGACAGGGAGAUGGACUUGAUGGGUCGCGAUGUUAAGGAGCAUAAUCUGGAGGGCCUGAGGAAGAGGAUCUGCACUCUUUUCCUUCAGUACAUCAGAACACCGGCGUUUAACCCCAAAGUGAUCAAACUGCUAAAGGUUCACAAGAAACCAUCUGAGCUGCAGCACGAUAUGUUCUUCUGCCAUGGGUGCCAGCGGUACCUUUGGUCUGCCGACUUUGGUUCAAGUACCACUGGCUGCCGGAGUCGUCGCUGCCGAAACUGUACCAGCCUAGACAACGUUGCAAGAUCUCGAGAUGACAACUCUGUCUACCAAAGCAUUCUGAGGAGGUUGAGAACUGAUGAGCUCCGCCUCAAUCCGGAAACUUCCAUCCCCUUCUUGCUGCAGGUGGACGACAUUCGCUACCUAAUAGAAAAGGUUUGGGCUUCCUGCUCAGCUCUGAAUGGCAGCAGAGACAUUUACAACCUGGCGUUUGCUCGCUGGGACAUCCAGGAGGACUGGAGCCCCUGGAACUGCAUACUGUUGUCCAAAGAGGAGACUUCAGCUCACACACAAGUGGAACACAUCCAGAAGGCAUAUGAAACUACAUUUAUCCAGUGGAUUGAACAGAAACACUCAAUGGCACGACAACACUUCAGCAAGAACCCAGUUAUAGCAAAGAACCUUGGCCUUUAGCCAGGUGCUGCCCCACACAACCAGUUUCUCUUCUUAGCCUGUUGGUGAGAAUCUUCACCAACAGGCUAAGGACAUUGACCCCAGGACAUUGACAAACCCUGUGUCCUCUCACUGCUUCUUUCAGACAUGUUUGCUUUAUGGGUGAAAUAAACAAAACACUUCAUGA